AUGGGGACGCGAUAUAAAUUCAUUUUUAUCUUUUUAGUUAUAGUACCCAUAGGAAUUUUAGCAGAAAACACUGAACCCGGACAAGCCCCCGGUGCUACAGCCAGUGCCGUUGCUAUCGCAACUACAACUGUCGAAAUUGCUCCAGUACCAAGUGCAAACAGUGCUGAGAAACCAUUGAACGGUACAGAAAAACCUAAAGGCAACGAAGGCGCGAAUAAUGAUGACGACUAUGACGACUCCCCGGAAGCACCUUCGGCUGGUGCACAGGCAAGUGCUGUCGCGUCUGCUCAAUCAGGUGGACAAUCAUCAGCAAAUGCAGUAGCGCAAGCAUCUGCAUUGACAACAAGAAAGAAAAAAAGAAAGCAAAAAAAAGCUGACAAUGAAGAGGGGUCACCAAAUGCUAAUGGUGCUAGUAAACCCAAUAAUUCAGAAAGUCCACAAAAUAACACCAGUUCUUCCAAGCCUAUCCAAAAAGACAAUUCAACUGACUCCUCCACCGAUUCAAAAGCAAAUCCUGAGAGUAAUUCUCAUGAUGAAACAAAACCAGUUAAAAGUAAUGAAGCCGGUGAAAGUAAUAAUUCUGAACAACCAGAUAAAAAGGCUGUCAAAAAAUCUGAAUCUAAAGAAAGUAAAGACUCCAGCGAGUCUGGCAAUUCAAAAAAGGAAACAAAAUCUAAUAAAUUGAAAUCUGACAGUGAUUCAAAUGAAAAUGACAACUCCAAAGCAUCGAACAAACCUCAAAAAAACCCUAAACAUGAGGAAGAAAAUCAACAUAGGAGUCGAGAUAAUGAGGAAAACUCUUCAGAUGAUUCCAGUCUUUCAAUUGAAGGAAAUAAAAAGCAUUCAGAUAACGGAAAACAUAAAAGUUCGUCUAGUGAAGAAGGGGAAAGUUCUAGAUAUAAAAAUCGAAAAAACCACAGGCCACAAGAAAGCAAAAAUGAAAAUAGUAAUUCUGAUGAAAGUUCAGAAUCUUACGAAGGGAGUAGAAAUAGGGAAAAUGAAUCAGAUGAUGAGAGUGAUUCUAGCGAAGAAAGAUAUUCCAGAAAUAGAAAAAGGAAACAUAAGCAUAAAAAACCAAAAGAUGAAAGUGACUCUAAUGAAGAGGAAUCUGAUGGGACUAGUAAACAUAAGCAAAAAGAGAAAAGUGAAACCUCAGAUGAAAAAUUAGACAAACACAAAGGAAAAGACUCUGAUAAAUCUUUUAAGCAACCAAAAAUUCAUAAAAGGUACAGUAGAUCAAGUAGAUCUGUUUAUUCAGAACCUUUAAAAGAAAGUGAUGCAGACAGUGACGAGAAUGAUGUCGAAGAACCAAGUCCACAAGAAGAAAAUAAAAGUUCGAAGAGUGGAGACAACGAGUCCAGCAAUAUAAAUGAUUCAGAUGAAAUUAACUCUUCCAGUGGGUCAGAACAACCUAACAGAGAACAAAAAGCAGAUGAGGACAAUAAAUCAAUAGAUUCAAGUGAUAGUGAGUCUGGCAAUGCAGAUUUCUUGAAAAAUAAACGCAGUCGGUCCCGACCACCAAAAAACAAAAAAAAGUCAGAUAUUCCAAACCAAGAGCGUGCUUCUACCGGCUCUGGAAUUGAUUCGAAAGGAUUAGACAAGACAAGUACAGAAGACAAAUCAAGUAAUUCUGAAAUGUCAGAUAGUAAAGAAAUCUCCAAGCAAACUGGAUCAAACGGAAAGUCAAAUUCUAGCAAACCGUGCAAUAAUGAAGUACUUCAAGAAAUUGAAGAGCUAAUAGAGAAUGAACGUAAAGAAUGCAGUGAAAAUAAUCAAUCAGAAAAUAAAGAUGAGGACAACAAAGAAGUCGAGAAAAGUGAAUCUAAUGAAUCACAAAUGCCAAAACAAUCAGACAAAAGCAAACCAGACAAGCCCAAUAACGAUGAAAAUAAAAUUCCGGAGAACUCCAAUACAUCUAAACAGUCGGAAAAUUCCGAAAUUGAAGAAAAUGAUUCAGAAGACUCCAAUUCAAUGAUUGACGAAAUUGAAGAAAUAUUUGGGAUUUCUCAUCACAAACAUAAAAAAUCAAAAACGUCAAAAAUGGACUCUAAAUCAGCAGAAAAACACAAUAAACAUAAGCAUCAUGACGCAAAAGAACAGAAUAAAUCAAAACAACUUGAAAAUUCAGGCGAAUCGAAACAAUCUGAUGGACACGCUAAAAAACAAAGUCCCAAAAAACCCGGUCAAGAAAAAAAUUCAGAAGACUCUAUGAGUUCAGAAGAAACGGACAUAUCUAAAAAGCCAGAAAACAGUGGCAAACCCAAGCACCCCAGCGAUCACAAACAACCUGAUCACGAUAAGAGUAGCAGACACAAAAAGUCAAACGAGGCGGGAAAGAAAGAUUCUGGUUCUGAUGAAGCAAGUGAAGGUAAAAAACCAAAAAAUAACGAACGUCCUAGUAAAGAAUAUGACUCGGAAGAGGCAGAAAAUUCACAAGAUUCUGAUAAGGCCAAACACAAAGGAAGGCAUGAUAAACAUAAACAACCUGGUUCGCAUAAAAAAGAUGAAGACAAAAAAAAAUCACAACAACCUGAAAAUUCGGAUGAAUCCGAAGAAUCAAAAGAAUACGCUAAAAAGCACAAGCAUAAAAAAGCAGGUCAGGAAAGUAAUUCAAAAGAAUCUAUGAGUUCAGAAGAAUCCGAUAAAGCUAAUCAUCCACAAAAGGGUGGCAAGCCUAAACACCCCAGCGAUCACAAACAACCAGAUCAUCAUAAGAAUGACAAACAGGAAAAGAAAGAUGACUCGAAAGAGUCAGAAAAUUCACAAGAAUCUGAAAAAGCCAAACAAAAAGGACAGCACGAUAAACAUAAACAGCCUGGUACACAUAAAAAAUCUGAAGACACGAAAAAAUCAGAACAACCUGAAAAUUCCUAUGAAUCCGAAGAAUCUACAGAAUACGCUAAAAAACACAAACAUAAAAAACCGGGUCAGGAAAGUAAUUCAAAAGAAUCUAUGAGUUCAGAAGAAUCAGGUAAAGGUGGACAUCCAGAAAAGGGUGGCAAGCCUAAACACCCCAGUGAUCACAAACAACCAGAUCACGAUAAGGAUGGCAAUCAUAAAAAUAAAGGCAAAGCGGGAGAAAAAAAAUCUGAUUCCGGUGAAACGAAAGGAAAUAAAAAGCCGAAUAAAAAAGAAAAUCCUAGUAAAGGAGAUGACUCAAAAGAGUCAGAAAAUUCACUAGAAUCUGACAAGACCAAACAAAAAGGACAGCACGAUAAACAUAAAGAACCUGGUUCACAUAAAAAACCUGACGACAAUAACAAACAAGGAAAGCACGAACACCCACAAAAUGAGACUCCAAAUACAGAAUGUAAAUCAAACGAAAACGGAAAAGGAAACAAAAAUCCAAAAACGAUCACACCAAAAGUGACAAAAAAUAAAGAUGAAACUUUGAAGUCUAGUCAAAAGCAAUCAGGUGAAUCAAAGAGUUCGGAUGAAUCUGCUUUUGAUAAAAUAUUCAGUGUAUCUGAAAUACUAGGUAUUCCGGAUAUGUUUGGACCAGCUUACCCUAAGAAUCCUAAACAACCUAAAAAUCUGAAUUCUCAAAAGAAAGAUCCUUCUAAAAAUAGCAAUAAAGACGCUAGUGACUCAACGGAAUCUUCGAGUCUUGGACAACCUGAUCAGACGGAUAUAUUCCAGAUAAUUAAUAUUCCAGGCUUGAUGGGUAUUCCUGGUGGGUUUAUGCAGCAGAGUCAAAAACCUAAAACUUCAAAUCCAUCUCAAAAAGGUGAACUCCCAAAAGACAACAUGAAACCGGAAAGCAAAUCAAGUGAAUCAAAAAGUUCAGAGGAUUCCAAUCAAUUUAAUAUAGCUGGAAUUUUCAAUGUUCCAGGACAACUGGGCAUUCCUGAUUUAUUUGAACAAGGCAGCCUUAUACCUCAAUCUCAUAAGAACUCAGGAUCGCAUUCACCUCAGAACGAUAACAAUUCAAAAGAUAUCAAGAAUCCGGAAAGCAAGUCACAGGAAUCAAAAAAUUCUGAUCAGUCCGAUCCGUUUAAUAUAGCCGGAAUACUCAAUAUUCCAGGACGAUUAGCAAUUCCCGAUAUUUUUCAACAGGGAAACCGUAAUCCAAAAACCCCAAAUUCAAAUUCACCUCAAAAAGAUAGUAAUUCAAAUCCCGAAACCAAAUCCAAGGAAUCAAAAAGCUCCGAGGAAUCUAGUAAAUCUUUAAUACCUGGAAUGCUAAAUAUCCCGGGUCGACUUGGUAUUGGUAAUUUAUUAGGCCAAGGCAAGAACAAGCAUCUGAAACCCAAAAAACAACAACCUGCGGAGAAUAGUAGUUCAAAAGAUCAUGAAAGUUCACCUGAAAUUGAUAUGUCUUCGAAACGCAACCGUGCUCAGCAAAAUAAAUCUCCGAAUAAAAAAAAUAAACGAAUGAAUGGCGUUUAUCCAAGGCGUUCAAAGCCUGGCGAUGGUGGAAAAAAAAAUGGUUCAACUUCUUCAUCAAGUUCCAGUAGCUCGGAAUCACAAGAGGGUUCAUUGUCUGACAAUGAUGAAGGCAGCAAGAAACACAAACCAAUGAAAUUGAAAUAUAAUCGACGAUACCUCCUCGUUCCACAAGUUGAUAAGACAUCAAACACUAAGAAAAAACAUCAUUCAAGCAAAGAUUCAGAGUAUGCGUCAAAGCCUCGUCUCUGUCCUUCUACUCCCCCUUCCUCGCACAAGCCGUUCCGCCUACCAGGGUUGUCUGAAAUGUUUGAACAUCAUUCUACAUCGACUACGGAAACUCCUACCGAACUGAGUUUAAAAGUAGAUGUCCAAUCUGCUCAACCAACCACGGCAGCUCCACAAACACAUACAUUUAUCGUUAACGCUCCUAUAAAGACGAAAUCGUAG